CAGGAGGCUCCUGGGUGCAGCGCGGCCUGUGGGGAGUGGGGGGGGCGUGGGGCAUCUGACCCCCGCCAGGAGCGCCGCGAGCCAUGACUUCAACUGUGCAGACGCUACGGUUCAAGCUGCUGCCGCACGGCACCGAGCAGGAGUGGGGGCACAGCUGCCAGCAGCAGCUCGAGCGCCGGUACCAGGUGGUGCCCUCGGCCGUGUGCGCCAUGUGCUGCGUCUUCGGGAUCAUCUACUGCUUCUUCGGCUACCGCUGCUUCAAGGCCAUCAUGUUCCUGACCGGGCUGAUGUUUGGCUCCAUCGUCAUCUUCAUGCUGUGCUACAAGGAGCGGGUGCUGGACACGCAGCUGAGCGUGGAGGCCUCGGUGGGCAUCGGGCUGGGCAUCGGGGCGCUGUGCGGGCUGGUCACCAUGCUGGUGCGCAGCGUUGGGCUCUUCAUGGUGGGGCUGCUGCUGGGGCUGCUGCUGGCGCUGGCCACGCUGGUGGCCAUGGAGCAGUUCUACCACCCGCCCACGGUGUGGGUCCCCAUCGGGCUGCUGCUGGGCGUGGGCAUGCUCGGCGCCGUGCUCACCCUGCAGUGGCAGAAGCUCUUCACCACCCUCUCCACGGCCGUCUUCGGCAGCGCCGUCAUGACCGUCACCGUCGACUACUUCACGGAGCUUCUGCUGCUGCUGCAGUACGUCUACGAGCGCGUCCAGGCGGCGCCCGCCCGGCCCAUGUGCUGGUACAGCUGGGUCAUCCUGGGCGUCUGGCCCGUCCUCGCCACGCUGGGCGUGCUGGUGCAGUGGAGAGUCACGGCCGAGGGGUACUCCCACACCGAAGUGGUUAUCAGCCGGCAGCAGCGCCGGGUGCAGCUGAUGAGGAUCAAGCAGCGGGAGGAGCGGAAGGAGAAGAAGAAGAAGCGGAGGCUGCCCCAUCCCUCUCCCCACCCACACAAGGCCCACCUGCCCGAGCCCAGCUACCGACGCAAGCCAACCCCCGUGCGCCGCUUCGACGGGGACGUGCUCUCCCCCAGCUACAUCCAGAGCUUCCGGGAGCGGCAGACGGGUACGUCGCUGAGCAGCCUCAUCACAAGUGCGCACGCCGUGGUCGACCUGGACUAUGACUGCGGCUCUACCGUGCCCUUGACCAUGGGCUCUGGCCCAGCUCUUCGGGUAUAGCCCAGACCCCCCGACCCCUAGUGACACCAGCAGCAGGGCCCGCGCAGGGCCAGCUUGGACCGACACACAGAGCCCGCACGGACCAGCCCUCCAGUCACCCCGGGGCCCAGCCAGGGCCCACACGGACCAGCCCUCCAGUCACCCCGGGGCCCAGCCAGGGCCCGCACGGACCAGCCCUCCAGACACCCCGGGGCCCAGCCAGGGCCCGCACGGACCAGCCCUCCAGUCACCCCGGGGCCCAGCCAGGGCCCGCACGGACCAGCCCUCCAGACACACCGGGACCCAGCCAGGGCCUGCACGGACCAGCCCUCCAGUCACCCCGGGGCCCAGCCAGGGCCCGCACGGACCAGCCCUCCAGUCACCCCGGGGCCCAGCCAGGGCCCGCACGGACCAGCCCUCCAGUCACCCCGGGGCCCAGCCAGGGCCCGCACGGACCAGCCCUCCAGUCACCCCGGGGCCCAGCCAGGGCCCGCACGGACCAGCCCUCCAGUCACCCCGGGGCCCAGCCAGGGCCCGCACGGACCAGCCCUCCAGUCACCCCGGGGCCCAGCCAGGGCCCGCACGGACCAGCCCUCCAGUCACCCCGGGGCCCAGCCAGGGCCCGCACGGACCAGCCCUCCAGACACACCGGGGCCCAGCCAGGGCCCGCACGGACCAGCCCUCCAGACACACCGGGGCCCAGCCAGGGCCCGCACGGACCAGCCCUCCAGUCACCCCGGGGCCCAGCCAGGGCCAGCACGGACCAGCCCUCCAGUCACCCCGGGCCCAGCCAGGGCCAGCACGGACCAGCCCUCCAGUCACCCCGGGGCCCAGCCAGGGCUAGCACGGACCAGCCCGCCAGACACACCGGGGCCAGCAGGAGUCAGA